UUUGGUGGUGUCCUAUGAGCAUGAGGAAGUUACUUGUUGUCAGGGGAAUAGGGUGUUUAGAACGCUAACAGCCUUUAUUGUUUACUACGUCAAAAUCUGAUAGUGAUAUAUUACAAUGUCAUCAAUUUUGAAUAAAAUUAGUUAUUUGAGAGAGUUGUCAUUGCCUUUCAAUUGCUAUGAAACAGGUCAUACUUGGACUCCCUCGUGCACCGAUGCUGCUCUUACUAUUGGCGCUACUACAUUUAGAGAAGCAUUAAAGAUAUAUGGUUCUUUGUAUGUGGUCUCUCAAAUAUUUAGUUGGAAGUUUGACUUGAAAACAUUUAGGAAAACCUUAGAAAGUACACUUACAUCAUCAUGCUUCCUUAGUUUCAAUGCAUUUUCUUUCAUCUCGAUAUUCUGUGGUAUCAGGAGAAUCAUGGGAAAAUUUUACUACUUACACUGCGCUUACAUACCAGCUUUUACUGCAAGUUUUCUAGCAAUUCUGAUUGAAAGAGAAAGUAGGCGUCAGCCACUAGCCUUGUAUGUUAUAAAUAUUGCUUCUGAAACAAUCUUCCGAAUGCUUGUGACAAGAGGAUAUACUCAGCCACUACCCCAGGGUGAGGUGUUAAUAUUUAGCCUUACAAUGGGAGUAUUAAUGUAUGUGAUUAGGAAAAAUGGUUUUUCUAAAGACUUGGUUGGCAUGGGAAUGAGAUUUCUUCUUGGUUCUGAAGAAGUAAAGUUACAGUCAAAUUCUGAACACUUAGAUCCUUGCAAAAUGAAGCACAAUGUUAUUAAGGCUCUAAAUCAGAAAAAAAUAAAUGGGAAACCUUUGCCUCUGAAUAACACGGCAGUUAAUUUUGCUACAAAUUUUGCCACUUUCAUUUCAUCAGUAUUUCAACAAGGAAGAAAACAGCUCGGCCAGACUCCACUGGUUAAUUUUCUGAAAACUCAUCCUCAUCAUCACUCUUGUCCUCACGCUUUCAGCUGCCCAUCGUAUAUAUUGAAGGGAUUUCUCCAACCUUUUCUUGUGGGUUAUAGUGCACGUACUGCCAUGCAUAUCUUCUCAUCUUUCCAACAUAUCAUCAAAAAUCCAUCUCUCAUUCUCAGACUUCUUACUAAUAAACAGAAUUUAAGUGUGGGACUAAGUGUGGGAGGAUUUUUUGGAAUAUUCAAGCUUGUAAGUUGUCUACUGAGGUGGGUUCACAAUAAGGACAGUGAGUGGCAUGCCAUUCCAGCUGGACUCUUGGCAGGGUUGACGAUGUUAAUUAAUCCUAACUCAACUGUGGCCUUGUAUUUAGCAUGGAAGGCUGUUGAGAUUGUCUAUACUAUUGGAGUAAAAAAGAGAGUACUUCCUUCUAUUCCUGGUUCCAUCUUAAUACUCUAUGCUGCUUCUACAGCGUUACUGUUUUAUGCAGCUUUUAUGGAACCCCACAACUUAAAACCGACAUACAUACGAUUUUUGAACCGACUAACUGACAAUAGACUUGAGUUGAUCAACCGCCAUGUAAUGGAUGUUUUUGGGACUCAUGCUUCCAAGAUGUACCACGACUUUUGGCCUGAUCUUGAUCCUCGCUACACCAGUCGUGCCUUCCAAGAGACCAUUUUAGUAUGGCUAGCAGGGUCACCAGAGCGUUGAAGUAGUAGUUACAUUUACAUGUGGUUUAAGAAUAGUUUUAAUUAAUCACCUUCUGAAAUAUAAUUUUUCAGUGUCUUGUUACAUUGUCACUUCAGUACAUUAGUGACAUUUAAGUUUGGAAAAACUUUUAAAGUUUCAUUACCAGUCUGAAUAAGGUGCUUUAGAGGGUUUUUUUUCAAGCAUGAGAAAUAUAUAGCUUGAGAGAGAAAGUACAACUACAUGCAAAAGUCAUAUAUAAUAUUGAAACUUAACUUUUUUCUGUGUUAAGAGAAUACUGUAAAUUAGAAUAAUGAUGAAGUAUGUACUAGAGGAAUGUGGUAAAUCCAAUCACUUAUUAAGUGGGCUUUUUACUGAUGUUUGAAGUUUUGAAAAUGAUUAAUUGGUGUGUUUUGUAUUUUAAUCUCAUACAUUUAGGUUCACAAAUUCUGAAUACUUCAUAUCUUUACUAUUAUGAUUAUUUGUUAGUUAUAAGUACCUCUUAAUAUCACUCGUACUUCUUCCUCCAGGAAGCAGAAUGUUGUUGAUAUGUGAUGACUGCUGUCUUUGUGUCGUGUUACAGCUGGCUUUCACAUCAGUUAGCAGUAACUGUGCUGUUAUUUUCUACUUUAUCAAUUUACUUAUUUUAUAUAACUUGUUAUAAUCUGAUCUUAUUGUUUACUAAAUCUUGAACAUAUUUAAGACAGAAGUUAGUUUACAAUGUUAUUGCUUGUAAAUCUCAAAGAACUCAUUUUAGAUUACCACAGGAGAAAAUGAUUGAUUUGUGUCUGGUACUACUAGUAUUCAAAAUUUAACAUUUUUGGAAUACAGACAAUUUUCUUCACUUUGCUCUAUUACAAACUUUAUAAACUACUAAGAAUUGGAGGCAUGUAUUACCUCACUCUACACUUUUCUUCUUGUCAAACUACUUUUAUAACUUGGAUGUUAAACCUGAAACUCUUUCACCGACUAACUGGCUAAAUCAUAUUUUUCAAAAUGAAACCUCAGUAAUACAGUUUUAAUAAUGCUUUCAGAACAGUUUUAAAAAACGUUAAACGACUUUCUUUAUAAUCAUUUUACAUUUAACCAGUUUGUAACAAAAAACAUUGAUGGACCAGUGAAAUAUAUAUUUAAAACAUUAAACACAAACAAAGGCAAAGGAAUGUGACAAUUAACACAUAAAGGCAAAGAAAUGUGACAAUAAACACAUAAAAGUGGAAAAAAUAAAUGUCUUAGCUAACCUGAUACUAUAAAUGUUUCCCAUUUUUUUAUUUAUUUGUUUGAUAAUUAGUUUUUCUAUUUGAGGGUUACUGAAUAAAUAUUUUGCAAUUUUAGUAAAUUUAUUUUUACACCUAUUUAGGCUCGUUUGAGGUGAAAUUAUAUUUAAAAAGGUAUGUAUAUUGUACCAUAAACAUUCGUUGUUUAUCAAAUUCACAAAAGCGUUUAAACAUUUUAAAAGGUUUAUACUUUAUUUUACUUAAGUUUGGCAUAUCUCAGUUGCGAGUUUUGUUUUAUUUUUAGAAGGAUGAAGUCAACAGUUAGCCUCAAUCAAUGAAUUUUUAAUUUUUUGAGUAGUGGCAUGUGAUUUAUGUUGUAUUUACUGAAAUAUCCUCCUUAUAUAAGCUACCUCAGCACCAAUAAAAUGUCUAUGCCUUACAUCUAUGAAACAUUGUGAACUAAUAUACUGAAUUUGUAUUCCUCCACCCAUUUUGGAUUUAUAUUAGUGACUGUAAUAUUUUAAAGCUUUUUUCUAGUAUUUACAGUGCCUCUGUAUGGCAUCUUCAGUGUAAAAUGCACCACUUGAGAAAGUAUGUUUAUUACAAAUGCAUACAUGUUUUAAGAGUUCUCUAUUGGAUAUUACUCUGUUAGCUUACAGUAAUGGUAUAAACAUGAUACAAUCAUCAAUCUAAAAAAGAAUUAAACCAAAGUUACAGGCACUGAUGUUUAAUACACACAUGUUGACCAAGAAGAAAAAUUAAUAUCAAUAUUCAAAUCAAUAAGACUUAAAACUUUUUUCUUGUUACAUAAGGGUUUUUGGUUUUCAUAAGUACUAGACUAAUUAUAUGCUAUAUUUUAAACAUUAGUUGAAGCUACAAAGUUUAUAUUAGUAAUCCUUGUAUUAUAUAGUUUAUUGUUUCAAAUGUUCAUCAGUUUGAUUACGUUUCUUAUAGUUGAAUGAGCCUGUUUAACUGUGUAAAAAGGUAUAAAACAGAAACAACAAAAACUUAAUUGUGCAUUUUUUAAAAAUCAAUUUUAUUCUAAGUUUUAGGUGCAUUAAAUAAUAUUGUCAGCAGUUAGUAAUCAAUUCAGAUUACAGUAAUGUUGUCAUUUGUUGCUUUAAAAUGUACAGUUUAUUUACAGUUUUAUUUAUUAGAUAAAUUUAAUUCCUUGAUAUUAUUGUAGAAUCAGAAAGAGUUUAGAAGUAUCAAGUUCUCUACAUUUGCAAACAAACUUUAUAGUAAAAAAAACUGGUGGAAUGCUAUAUUUUUAUUCUAAUUUUUUUUUUGGGGGGGGGGUUGUCAGGGAAAUAUUUUUAACUGAACACAAUCAACUUUGAAAGUUUUGCCUAACUCUAGUAUGAAGUACCAGUACUUUUUUUAAUGAAAGAGAACUUGAGAUGUUUUCAUAUGCAAACUUGUUAUUGUUUAUGUACCCAUUAAGAAGUGUAUGUUUAUAUAUUUUUAUAAAUCUGACAGAAUUUGUUUAACAUAGAAAGGAACUUCAUGAUCGUUAUGCAAAAUACGCAUUUUUGUAUAGUUUAAUGCUGGGGGGGUGGGGGUAAAAAGGAAAUAAAUAAUAAAUACACACAUUAAUUGGAUUAACUGGGAUAUAU